AUGGCCAAAAAGAAGUCUUCGUCCCAAGAGGACCUCGUCGAGGCUGAAAGCGACCUCGGUCACCAGAAACUGGUCAGGUCCCAGCAGCAACUCAUAAUAUGCAGAAACAAACACUGGCGAUACAUAUCCGCCUUCCACGGCCCAUGGCUCCAGCUUCCCCCCGAGGUCAUUGAGACUCUGGCCAAUAUCAAUUACAACACCCCUCGACCCCGCCCGAUCGAUCCUGCCGUGUUUUUCGACCUCGUCAAGAUUAGGAGACUCGUCGACGAGGCCAUUGACCUGGCUGUGCGCGCGGCGAGCGGCGUUGCUUCUCUCAGCCAGCAGAGCAUCCCCGGCCUACACCAUGCAGCCGCGUUGGGCCUUGGGUUUGGCUUUCGUCCAGGAAACCAAGCAAAGCUAAGUCCGGAGAGAAAACAUCGAAUGCGAAAAGAUGCGACCCACAAGCUUUGCAAGGCGUACAAGCUGGAUGAAGUAGCCUGUAGCGUCUCAACCAUGCAGAGCGCUUCGGCACUGGAGGAGGUUGCUUCUUUGGUGCUUCAACGGAGUCCGGACGACAGCGACGCCAAAUAUGUGCACUUCUUUCACGAAAAGAUUCCAAGUCGACAGCUCGCCGAAUGCACGAGCUUGCAGCCAUUGGACGAAGCGAUACACGAGAAUCCCUCGGACCCAGAGCCUCUGAGGACUCGAGGCAUCGUCAAGAUAUUCAAGGAGGACUUUCAAGGGGCCGUCGCCGAUUUCACAGACGCUCUGAGGGUCCAUCGCCUUCGCCGACCAACCCACCGUUAUGCAGGAAAGGAGGCCGAAGCCGAGCAGCAAGUGGCGCAAAGGACGGCGCGAAGAACCGAGGAUGUUGUCUUGAAGGAAGAAGAGCAGCCGAGCAGCCUGGAGACACAGCUUUUGUUCCAACGUGCUGGAGUCUAUCUCACCAUGGCCUGCCAGCAUGUUGACGCAGCCUUCCCCGACGGCUCUCCCCAAGUGCCAGAACCGGACAGCGACGGCGACCAGGCCUCCCCGCCAUUGUCCCCCAAGGUUCUGGAGGCGAGGCAGCAUGUGAGACAGAAUGCGAAGCGGGCGCUUCGUGACUACAUGACUUACCUUUCCCAUUUCGAGUACUCGCCCGAUCUACCCUUGGACAUCGCCGAGGACUUUGCCCGCAAGGUGAACUCUGUCGCCAACGGCGUCCGUGUUCCCCGCCACACCACCAAGUCGGCGUCGCCCGUUGGAAACGACGAGAGAACCACACAGAAACCACACCGCAUCUACGUCCUCUCGGAUUUGUUUGCUCCUUCGCCACCACCAGAUCUCCCGCCGUAUCCCAUCACGGACCUAGCCUCCCUGCAGGCACACCAGCCACCUCCGCCCGUUCUUUCUCCCGUCAUCACAGAAACACUGACAUACCACCCCCUUUUGGCCGACGCUCUCCACGCUCUCUUACUCUGCCACUGUCUCAUCCAGACCUCGGCCAAGGAGCUCCUCCGCCACGCCUACAUGGUCGCCCGCCUGGCCCGCCUAGCAGACGGCUACCCAGCCUUCCAAGCUAGUCGCUCCCCCGCCCGCGCGGACUGGGUCGAGGUCCUGCGCGCAGGAGGAAACUGGAUCCAGCUAGCAGGCGCAUGGGAUGAUCUCUGCGCGCCAGCUCCGGUGCCCGUUUUGCACCCGAAUGGUUCCUCUCCGCUGCAUCAUCUUCAGCACCAGCCGCCGCAGUUUAAACCUGCACUGCCGUCGUUAGACACCACCGGAUCAGAAGUAUCCACCGAACUGAAGGAGCUUCCCUCCCCUUUCCCAUUUCCUGUCCCAGUCGAGACAGAAAAACAGCGCAAGGACCGCUUGCAUCACCAGAUUGUUCUCGACGCCUUGGGCGACGAGCGGGUGAGCGACGAGCCGAGUUUCCGGCAGGCCGUGCUGGCCAGGCAGCUGAGGGCGGAGCACGACUACCAGCUUGCGAAUGCCGUGGCUGAGCUACGCGCGCAGAUAACAUCCGGUGUUGUGGCUGGACAACCACAACAACCACAACAACCACCACAACAACAACAACAACAACAACAACAACAACAACAACAACAACAACUCCCGGCAAAUGGUCGUGAUAAUGAGGAUGAUGAUGGGUCUAGUUUAGAAGGGGCAAUCGGGGAUUUAGACAUUGACGGGCAAAAGGUCACGAGCGAUGGGAAUGGCGGGGUUGUUGCUCGUGCCCAAGGGAACGGGAAUGGUGGUGGGCCAGGUAGGCAUGAGCUCGAGAAGGAGUACCCUGUUGGGAGCGAUAGGGCUUUGGCCGUGGCGAGGUGGGUGUUGGAUGCGCCGCCUAAUGCGGGGAUCGUUCCCGGGGAUGGGAAGAAGAGGAGGAAGAGGACGGUCAAAAAGGUUGCUGCUCCUGGGGGUGAGGCGGAGAAGGUUUAGAUGCUGGCUGGUUGGCUGCAUGACUGCGAUAUCAUUGUACCAAGUAGAAGGGAAGGGGCCCAACCGACUCGUUGAUGUUUUGUGUUGAAAAAUAGUCUAUAUACAAAUCCAUCAACUGUACAAAGUAACACAGUGGCCAUAAUCUGCAAACCUACUUGUAUCCAAGAACAACCAGACACAAAAAGAAAUGAGUAAAAUCAACGCUUAGGUAUCCCGUCAACUCCUGUAGCCCCCC